UAUAUAACUAUAAACAGCUGUGGGUGUUCAGUGGCUCCUCUCACACACAAACACAUUUAGCACUACUACUAGCACCUAAAUCUAGCAAUAUUCAAGCUUCCUUUUUAUCUUCUUGGCUAACCAAUGGGUAGUUUGAAGCCCUUGGCUCUGGUUGCUUUGCUUAUUUCAGCAUUUGCGGCUGUGGUGUCUGAAAGCCGAGUGGCAAGAAAGGACCUGGGAUUGGACCUUGGUGGGAUUGGUAUUGGUGCUGGGAUAGGCAUUGGACUAGGACUAGGAGGUGGAAGUGGUGCAGGCUCCGGCUCAGGCUCGGGCUCCGGCUCAGGCUCGGGUUCUGGCUCUGGCUCAGGCUCGGGUUCAGCUUCUGCCUCAGGGUCAGGCUCUGGUGCAGGGUCAGAAGCAGGUUCAUAUGCUGGGUCUAGAGCCGGAUCAGGAUCAGGAUCAGGAGGCAAUCAAGGAUCAAGUUCGGGUUCUGGAUACGGUGAGGGUUAUGGCAGAGGCAGUGGCUCCGGUCAAGGCUCCGGCCAAGGUUCUGGUUAUGGUGAAGGUCGUGGCUAUGGGUCUGGGAACGGGCAUGGAAAAUGAAGUGAUCACAUCAUUUUCUUUGGAAUGAUCAAAAGAAUGUCACCACGUACUUUUAGUAGUACUAUGAAUAAAUAAUUAAGUUUGAGUCUUUAUAUAUGCAUGUGGUAUCCUUCCUUUGUAUCCUAUUUAGAGUCCUUCGUGCGUGAAUUCAAGAGAUGUAUGUUGGUUCAAAUUUAAUUUCCCUGGGAUUAUGUGAGUUUUACUUAUCUUUU